AUAAAUCAAUCAACGGUAGGCUUCACUAAACUUGAACCGCUGCCUAUGAUGUCACAACAGUCGUGGGUAGAACGCGGGUUAGAAUUAUAAGACGGAUUAGAAACUUCGACUGGAAAUCCUUUUAAGUUGCUCGUUAUACCUGUGUAUUUGUGUCGUGUAUGCUUUAAUUUGUUCUUCCCUUUUAUUAGUCGCUAUGGACGUGCGUCUCUCGUGUCCUCUCGUCAGAUUCCUGUACUGAGUCGCCGCCGCUCUCGUCUGCGCACGCGCAGCAGCUCAGCGCCUCAUCCUCACAUCACAUCCAGGAGUUGUUAGCGCUGCUUUUUCUCUGAACUGCUGUACAACGUGGACCUACUGUCACCACCAGGGCCACCACACAUACAAGGACCGGACCGAGCUCCCAUUCGGACCCACCCGGGACCAGCAACAGCGCAGAUCCCAGUUCAGCUGUGUGGGCUUCUCCUGUCCCCUGAGGCCCGGCUGACCUCCAGCAGCGGCACAUCCACCCUUUUUCUUCCUCACCUUCAUCCUUGUGAGCAGACAUGCCUCCUCCGUUGGGUGGUCCUGCAGGUUACACACCACCUGAAGGUGGCUGGGGCUGGGCAGUGGUGGUUGGGGCCUUCAUCUCCAUUGGCUUCUCCUAUGCCUUUCCCAAAUCCAUCACGGUGUUCUUCAAGGACAUAGAGGUCAUCUUCGAUUCCACACCCAGUCAGGUGUCCUGGAUCUCCUCCAUCAUGCUCGCUGUCAUGUACGCUGGAGGCCCAAUCAGCAGCAUCCUUGUGAACAGAUUUGGCAGUCGUCCAAUCAUCAUAGCCGGUGGUUGCCUGGCAGGGUCUGGAUUGGUCGCUGCUUCCUUCUGCAACACAGUGCAGCAGCUGUACUUCUUCAUAGGAGUGGUGGGGGGUUUGGGACUGGCAUUCAACUUGAACCCAGCCCUCACUAUGAUUGGCAAAUAUUUCUACAAGCGCCGGCCCAUCGCUAAUGGCAUAGCUAUGGCUGGCAGCCCUGUGUUUCUGUCCACCUUGGCUCCGCUCAACUCCUGGCUCUAUGAUAGGUUUGGAUGGAGGGGCAGCUUCCUUAUUUUGGGCGGACUUCUGCUAAACUGCUGUGUGGCCGGUUCCCUGAUGCGUCCCAUUGGACCCAAACCUCAGCCAGUAAAGGCGGAUGCAGAGACGGGUGACGUGAAGGGAGCCAACGCAGCACAGCCGCAGCAGAAGAAGACCGUCUUCCAGACCAUCAACUCCUUCAUCGACCUGACGCUGUUCAAACACCGUGGCUUCCUGCUGUACCUGUUGGGGAACGUUAUCAUGUUCUUUGGCCUCUUCGCUCCGCUCGUCUUCCUCUCCAAUUUUGCCAAGAGUAAAGACAUCAGCAAAGAGAAGGCGGCCUUCCUUCUGUCGGUGCUGGCCUUUGUCGACAUGUUCGCCCGGCCGUCCAUGGGUCUUCUGGCUAACACCAAGUGGGUGCGGCCCAGGGUGCAGUACUUCUUUGCCGGUGCCAUCCUUUACAACGGCGUGUGUCACGUGCUGGCUCCACUGUCAGUGGAUUACACCGGCUUCGUGAUCUACUCCAUAUUCUUUGGUUUUGCCUUUGGCUGGCUGAGCUCAGUGUUGUUCGAGACCCUGAUGGACCUGGUGGGGGCUCAGAGGUUUUCUUCAGCUGUGGGUUUGGUCACUAUAGUGGAGUGUGCACCCGUGCUGCUGGGUCCACCAGUAACAGGAAUGUUCUAUAACUCCUACCAAUCCUACACCUACACCUACCUGACCUGUGGCAUCAUUCUGAUAAUCUCCAGCAUCUUCCUCUUCGUGGGCAUGGGCAUCAACUAUCGCAUGCUGGACAAAGAGAGGAAAGAGGAGGAGAGAAGAGAAAAGGAGGAGCCCAAAGAGGAGUGCGCCGCCAUGUUGGCUCCUCCCUCUUCAUCGAAGUUGACUGAUGACGUGGGCCAGGGAAAUGAAGAGGUCAAACUAGAGGAUGUGGCGAAGAUGGACGAAGACGCCGUGUAGAUUUAAGGAGAGACUUGUGUAGAGCGCACACUUCCGUUCACAGAUAACAAGAUAAACGUCACAGUUAGUUUGAACAACCACACACACGCAGAAGAAACACAGCAGAGUAAGAAUUCUCUUCACAAAAACCUCUGAAGCCACAAAUACUGAUAUGUUUUUUUUUUCUUGAAAACGCUGCCAAAACGCAGCCCUUCACUGCACUGAGACCCCUCACUCUGACGUGCCUAUGACAGAACCUCACAAGAACACACA